UCAGCCGGCACUGACGAGGCAUCAGGCCAGAGACUCACACUCACUCCCGCACCUCCAAGUCUCCUCCUCGAAUUGUCCCCAGUUCCCCCUUCUCUACCGCCCCCUAGCCUCGUCCCGACAUCCCUACGUUGCCUAUCCCUGCCACCGGGAUAGUAGGAGGAGGGAGCUAGCGAGACAACAGGACACUUUGUGACAUCUUGAUACCUCAUGUCCCAGGACCUUUUAGUGAUAAAACCAAAAUACUGUAGUGCAAAAUGUCUAACUGUACAUGUGGGAGUCGUUGACUCUACUGCAGGAAGUGUACAAAGAUUGUACUCUUAAAAGUGAUCAUGUCUUGAAAAGCGCGAGUGUUGAGGCCCUGACUACGGUGGUGAGCGCGAGGAUGUUAGAGGGGGUCGGGAUGCCUCUAGUGUACAGUACAGGCGGGGCAGCUGGUCGCGAGCAGAGACGUCCCAUGUGGACACAGCAUGAAAAGGCGGUGCUACGGCUUCUCAUGCGGCAGUACGCUGGCGUUACCGAGUUCGACCCCCCAGACGUCCACAAACACCCCAUCAGAAAUGAGAUGUGGCGACUUCUGACAGCUAGGUACAAUGCUCAUCCACACGUCAGGUCCCGCGACACAAAACAGCUGAGGAAAGCUUGGGAGAACUUGAAGUACCGCGCCCGCAAGUUGGGCUCAGAGAACCAGAGAAGCUCAAGGCAGCAGAAUAAUAGUACCGAAUCAAGUUGGCCACUAGAUGGGGUGACGCUUCCCGGGCCUCCCUCUCCCCCUCGCAACACAACACCCAUGGCUAGGGAGGCCGGGGAGGUGGGCGACUGGCGGGAAUCUGAGGAAGAAUCACACAGAAAUCUUGAUGACAUGGAUGAAGUUGAGAAGAACGUUAAGAAUGAGGUCGACGACGAUGCUCUACAGUCUCAGGAAAGUCUGGAUCACACUUCCCAUCUCUCUGAUAGGGGACCAGCCGUGCUAAGCCUUCACCCACUAGUAUCGUCCCUGUUAAGUGGGGGUUUAGGGUCAUUAACUACUACUCUGCCAUUUUUAGCAUCCCCUCCAGGUUCUCAGCUGGCAACUGGACUCCUUCUUCCACACGCCGUGUCAGCGUUUUCGACGGCCGACUCCGAGCUUUGUCAAACGAUUCUGAGGUCUUCCAUGGAUCCUGCUUCCAUUAUUUCCACCUCACCAACGACAGCUACCUCCGCCCUGACCACCACCGCCACUACCUCAGGCACAUGCAUCUCUACCUCAGGGGCGUCCGUCGCUAUGAAUGGUGUAUCUCAGGAAAUAUUUAACCCAUCCCCAAACAGCACAUCCACUUCCUCGAUCGCCGCAGACAAGAACAUAAGAUCAGACUCGCCGAUGGAGCCACAGCUAGCGCAAGAUCGCCUGCAUCAGCGUCUAGCCGGAAUCGAAACUUCUAUUCGACACACAGAGGAGCAGCACCAGGCUCAGCUGCAGCUGCUGAGGCUACAGAUGGCGCAGUCAGUGGCGGAGCAUGAGGCCAAAAUGAGAGUUCUUGGGGCGCAGUUGGAGUACUGGCAGAGACGUCUUCGUGUGCAGCACCGCGUCUCCAACACGCUCUCAGUUAUCACCCAGAACGAUCCUGACUUCGAAGAUGAGCCACCAGCUUGACCUUAUGCUGCUUUCUCUAGUGAAUGUCCUCGAGAAUAGCAGAAAAAUCUUCAGUGCUGGUAGAGAGCUAGAGAGGUUGUGAAUAGCUAUCGCGAUUGACAACAAAAAAGUAGUAGUUCUGGUAGGAAUACGCAUGGAUCUUCUCCAAUCUUUGAUCAGACUGGAAAUCACGCGCUAGUUUGGUUUAUAAUAAUCAUUCCAGAAGUUGAUCGUGUCAGUAGUGAAGCGUCACUUCAAUCUUUAAGUUAGCACCACGAAUACGGAUCAUAGGACGUUCAGGCUAAGGAGACAAGUAUUACAAAAAAUAGUCAUUAUUAAUUUACCUCAAGAAUGGUGUGUAUGUAUGUUACUUUGUGUGAGACAUAAUGAAUGUUGUAUCAGCAGCCUGGCGGAUGUGAGAGCAGGCAGGAGUGUGGGUUGUGUAUGCUAGGCUCGGCCGGGUGGUCAAUACCCCGCCACUGCUACAAUUAUAUUUUGAUGCACUCACUCAGCUGAGCAACUCGGCUCCGCAACUCAGCUUUAACACAUCAGCCAACUGGUACUGAAGGGCUCUCACAGCAGAGUUUUGGAAGCCGGAGGAUGUAUUGUGUUGACACUGGAAUGUGCUGUACCUCUCCCUGACUUUCCACAUAUGCGCGCGCGCGCACUCACACUCACACUUGACAGACAUACCUACAAACUGUAUAUACUCCGUAUACCUGAUUGUAUUUACACAGAAGUUAUAUUUUUAGUAAAAAUCGUGUGGAAUAUCGCCAAUAAAUAUGAUAAAAGCUUAAA